AUGUCUCAUCCUUACGGGUCCUUUUCUGCACAAGGAACGUAUACAAGACACAACAAAUAUGGAGAUAGAGCAGAAAGUUCCCAAUCUGGAGGUUCACGUGUUGAACAUACUGGUCGUACAAGAGGUAGAGGACAAGGUCAUCCACCUUGGUUGAAGGGUAGAAAUAUAGGGCUCUACUAUAGGGAUAAGGCCAGAGGAAAGACUAAGCGAAUGGAAAAUAGAGUUAUAAAAUUACCUCUAUGUGUUCAAGAAAAGAUUGAAAGUGUGUUGGAGAACUCUAUAGAGUAUUAUGAUAGUCUAUAUAAUAAUGAUGCAUAUGCAAAACAUACAAAUAGCAAACUAGAGAAAAAAUAUGUGCAUAUUCAUGACUCUCAAUUUAAGAGAAAAUUUUUGAACAUUGUAUCAGGCAAUAUACAAGAGAAGCUUGCUAAAGCUUUGCUUGUUGAGUCAAGAUUAGAAAGGGACAGUGAUUUAGAUGAUAUGUUAUUAAAGGAAUAUAAGGCAAAACAAUCUUUACAAGAAUAUGAGAAAAUGAUGAAAUUUAGAAUAAAAUUACCAUCAUAUGAGAAAAGAUCAGAGAUACUAGAACUACUAGAAGAAAAUCAAGUAGUUGUUAUAAGUGGAGAGACUGGUUGUGGAAAAACAACACAAGUUGCUCAAUUCAUAUUAGAUGACCAAAUAGAGCAAGGUAAUGGUAGUACUACACGAAUUAUUUGCACUCAACCCAGGAGGAUAUCAGCCAUAUCUGUUGCUGAGAGGGUUGCUGCUGAGAGAGUGGAAAAGCUUGGUAAAUCUGUUGGUUUUGAAAUCAGGCUUGAAAAAGUACUACCAAGAAAUAGGGGCAGUAUAUUAUUUUGUACUACUGGGAUGUUAUUACAAUUUUUGCAAGGUGAUCCAGCCUUGAAAGAAUUUUCUCAUAUUAUAUUAGAUGAAAUUCACGAAAGAUCUACAGAAAGUGACUUUAUUCUUGCUCUGCUGAAACUCAUUAUCCCUAGAAGACCCGAUAUGAAAGUUUUAUUAAUGAGUGCAACACUUAAUUCCGAAAGAUUUUCGGAAUAUUACAAUGGUUGUCCGAUUAUUCAUAUUCCAGGUUUUGUUUAUCCGGUCGAAGAAUUUUAUUUGGAGGACAUUCUAAAGUUUACAGGAUUUAAAUUUCCCGAGGUAGCUCCGUUACCACAAAAUUAUAAAAAGUAUACAAAAAAAUAUAAAGAAGUGCAACAAAAAAGGGAUGAAUUUCACGAUGUUAUAGAUCCUCAUAUACGGCAGCUUAUAGCAGAGAAAAAAUACGCGAGACAAGAAAUUGAUCAAUUGCGAAAUCCACAUAGUGAAAUGAUGUCUCUUGAACUUAUAGAAGAAUUAAUUAGAUAUAUCUGUAGAGCAAACGGUCCUGGAGCAAUCUUAGUUUUUCUUCCUGGUAUGAUGGACAUAAUAAAGUUACACAGAAUGAUGUUGGACAGCGAACGGUAUCCACAAAGUCAAUAUGUUAUUUAUCCUCUUCAUUCACGUAUGCCAACAAUCGACCAAAAAGCUAUAUUUAAAGAACCACCUCAAGGAGUUCGGAAAAUAAUAAUCGCAACUUCUAUAGCUGAAACCUCUAUAACUAUUGAAGAUGUAGUGUAUGUUGUUGAUUCUGGGAAAACUAAAUUUAGUAAAUUUGAUGUUCAGAAAAAUAUUCAGACUUUAGAACCUGAAUGGGUAUCAUUAGCUAAUGCUCAACAACGAAAAGGUAGGGCAGGCAGAGUAAAACCUGGUGUCUGUUAUCACUUGUACUCGAGAGGUAGGGAAAUGACUUUUGACAAAUAUCCGUUACCCGAAAUGUUAAGGACACGUCUGGAAGAAGUUAUUUUACAAAUAAAAAUUCUGCAGUUGGGCAAAUCCAAAGCUUUUCUGUCGAGUGUUAUGGAUCCUCCAAAUGUAAAAGCUAUAGAUCUGUCUUUAGAGUUACUCAGAUCUCUGAAUGCAUUAGAUAAUGAUGAGAAUUUGACUCCCUUAGGAUACCAUUUAGCUCAAUUGCCACUCGAUCCUCGAACGGGAAAAAUGAUUAUAUGGGGAGCAUUGUUUUCGUGCGUAGAACCAGUUUUUGCAAUCGCAGCGAGUCUUAGUUUUAAAGAUGCAUUCUACUGUCCUCUCGGUAAAGAGGAGGAAGCAAGGCAAAGAAAACUCGAACUUAACCUGAAUGAAUUUAGCGAUCAUAUCGCAUUAUCUGAAGCAUUAAUGAGAUUUGAAUAUAUGUACAAAAGGGGGAAUGCAGGUUCUUUCUGUUGGGAGUACUUUCUUUCUUUCAAUACGCUCAAACUUCUUUCCGAAAUGAAGAGUCAAUUCGCUCAACAUUUAUGUAAAAUGAAAUUCAUGGAAACAGAUAAUCCUAGCGAUAUAAAUGCCAACAAAAAUUCUAAGAAUGCAACGUUAGUGAAAGCAAUAGUAUGUGCUGUGAUGUAUCCCAACAUUGCCGUUGUAAGAAGAGUUACAAAAACUGGAACACUUGCAUGGACUCCAGAAGAUGGUAGCGUGGCUAUACAUCCGUCUAGUGUAAACAAUAAAAUUAAGGAUCUUCCUAGUCCAUAUAUCACGUAUUUUACAAAGCAACGAUCGACAGCAAUAUAUUUACACGUCACUACGUGCGUUACCGCAACCAUUUUAUUAUUUGCCGCACCAAAUAUGAUUAUAAAAAAAGGUGAAGGAAAUUAUUCUGUUGGCAUAACGACUAGUGACACUGUUGCUUGCGAUUCGCGAACUGCACAACUUAUUCAGAAAUUACAAGAACAAUUUAAUAACAUAUUAGAGUAUAAAACGACACAUCCAGGAAUAGUAUCGUGGAAUAGCUACGAAGGUGAUCUACUAAAUGCGAUUAUAGAACUGGUUUGCCAAAAAGAUGAGGAAAUGGGAUUUUCUGAUUCUGAUGUACGAAAGGGUGUAGAUAACGAGUAUGACGACGCUUGA